AUGCUGAAACUAUCAGCUGAGCAUGAGAAACGUGAAGAUGAUGGCAUAGGGCAUGCUCGGAGUGCGAAUGAGCACGACCAUGAGCAUGAGCAUGGGCAAAAUGUGCAUAAAGCUAUUGGACUAUCACUAAUAAUUGGAUUCAUCGUUAUGCUUAUCAUUGAUCAGGCAACGCGAUCAGCUACCUUUAAAGCUGGAGAGAGACCUAAGUUCAAAAUGACUGCUACGAUUGGUUUGGUGGUGCAUGCAGCAGGUAUUCACAUGACCGAUUUAUGGAUUUUCUUUAUGUUCAACUGA